AUGGGUCGAAAUAUACUCGCUAUAAUCGUUUUCGCGAUGUCAACCCAAUCGCAGGCAGUUAUUCCUGGAUGCGACUAUUUUGACACGGUGGAUAUAUCUCACAUCCCAAAGCUGAAUGACUCAUAUGCGUACGAGGGGGUAAUCAUACCUGGUCACCUCACGGGUCUUUACACAUUCAGGCAACUGGCAGACGGAUCCCAGGAGCCAGUGCAGACUCACUUAAGAGCCUGUAUCUGCAAGCUAAAACUCUGCAUCCGAUUCUGCUGUGCCCGCAGCAAAAUGUUGCCGCAUAGUCGCUGCAGCGAUGGCCUCACCGAGAACCUGAGGCGUAUCAAUCCCUACCUAAAGAUCACCCUGCAGGAUGGAUCUAGGAAAACAUAUCACCUGCUCACCGACAUGAUCGUUCUAAGAAAUGAAUUUCGGUACUGCGAGAGGGUGGUUACGGUGCAGGAGGAUCAGUACAAGUUAUUUGAGAACGGCAGCUUUAUGAUCAACCCCGCUGUAAACUGGACAUUGGCCAAGCAGUGGUACUGCCUCUAUCCCCGUCUGGAAGAUCCCAAUUCCAUAUGGCUUCUGGAACAUGUGUACAUACCGCGAUCGAUGCCAGCUGUACCGCAGAUCGGUACAAUUUCCAUGGUGGGCUGUGUUCUCACCAUCGCCGUUUAUCUCUACAUAAAAAAGCUGCGAAAUCGGCUCGGAAAAUGCUUCGUAUGCUAUGUGUUUUGCAAGUUUGCGCAGUACCUUAUCUGGGCAGGAGGAGAUCUGAACUUGUGGAUUAAUAUUUGCUCUCUAGCAGGUUACACCAACUACUUCUUUGCUCUGGCCGCCCACUUUUGGCUCUCUGUCAUGAGCUAUCACAUAUGGAAAAACUUGAGGUUGAUCAAUCGGGAUGAGCCCCGCUAUCACUUUCUCGCCUACAACGUCUAUGGUUGGGGCACACCUGCCAUCAUGACGGGAGUUACGUAUCUGGUGGAUUGGGCUUGGAGGGAUAGGCCUGACAAACUAAACUGGAUUCCCGGCGUUGGCUUGUAUCGAUGUUGGAUAAACACUUACGACUGGUCAGCAAUGAUAUACCUAUAUGGACCGAUGCUGGUCCUGAGUUUGUUUAAUGUGUUCACGUUUAUUCUGACUGUGAAUCACAUUCGGAAGGUUAAGAAUAGCGUGGAAAACUCUACCCAACAGCAGGAAAAGUGCAUGAAGCAUUAUGAUUUUUUACUAUACCUGCGUCUGUCUGUAAUGAUGGGUGUGACUGGAAUUUCUGAGGUAAUAACUUACUUCGCGAAGCGGCACUCUUUUUGGCGACAAGUCCUUCGGGUGCCGAAUUUUAUCCAUCUGGGUUCCGGCAUAAUUGUAUUUGUGCUGUUCAUUCUCAAGCGCAGCACUCUUCAAAUGAUUUUUGAGAGAAUCAGCGGCCCAAGAGGAUAA